CCUGUUUGAGGCCUUCCAAACAAGAAUAAUCCUGUGGAAAUAUGCCAUGCUGAUGUAUUUCUACUUUUGUCCUGGAUCACCUGCAGCCUAUCUGAGAGCCUCCUGGGAAAUAACAUUACACCACUUCUAUUGAAACAAGUCAAUCAGAGGCUAUUUUAGUGCCUCUGAGAACCCCCAGCAACAUUCGAAAGGGCAAGAAAAACAUGGCGCCCCCUGUUGAAGAUCAUUACUGCAGCCAGUUCCAGCCCAACACCUUUGACCCCUCCCGCUGUAGGUCCUGCCUGCGGCCAAAUCAUAUGCACCUCAGUACCACCGCUGCAGAAUAUGCAGAUCCUACGGAAUUGAACUAUCUACACGAGUUGGGUAUAGCUGACACUAAUGAUCAUGACGAUGAUUAUGAGGAUGAUCCAGCACUGUCUGAAGUGACGACAUGCGCUAGCAGUGAUGACGUCAGUGGUGGUUGGACCUUUGAGUGGAAUCUUGAACGCAGCUUGAGUCCUGAGUGGGAACUUGAGAAUUGUGAACCUGAAAUCCAACCUAGUUUUUCAAAUCAAUGGGAGUGUUCGGAAAGAAGAACAUCCCUCAGCCCACGUUGCCCUCCUGCAGGCCAAACAGAAAUGACCCGGCUGGACCCCUCUUCCCCAAAAGACACUGAAAACUCCUGGAUGGAUGAAAGGAGGGGUAGAGACAUGUCCCACUGGGCUUCAGAGUCCAGUGGAGGCAGAGGAAAAGAAAGUGGCUACUUCUCCCCAGACAGAAGAGGUGACGGGGUGCAGCAGAUGCAGGAGGACAACAAGCGUGCCUAUCGCUAUUAUGAGAAGGGACAUCCCCUGCCAAGCAACUAUGUUCCCGAGCCCAAAGCCUGUGUCCCCUACAGGAACGUCAGCCUUGGACUGCCAUCCCAAAGACGAAAUCCAGAGACAUAUAUGCAAGCAACUUGGAGAAGUGAGUCCCCACAGAGGUACACGUACCACUCCAACUUCAGACGAGGUACAGACUCUGAGAGGAACUCUCCAACACGUCACAGCUCUUUGAGUCCAGACCGCUACAGGUUACCUGAGUCUCCUGUGGGACCUCAAAGAGGGAGCUCCCUCUGUAGAAGUCAGGCACGGUCUCAUGCCUCAUUGCAGGGCUCUAUCCAUAAUCAGUCAAACGGUGCUUCACGCCACACAUCAGGAAGGUCCAGUCCUUCUGGCAGGAGGGGCUCCACAGCCUCUUACAAUGCCUCGGCUCGCAGACGCACUGACUCAUUUCUGUUACAGAGUGCUGAAUAUGAAGACCAAAAGAUGUGCGGCGAAGAGUCGAGGAGUCCAUCACGUGCUUCCAACAAACACAGUUUGGAUUCUGAGAAACUCUACAGAAAUCUUGAAUUCAUCUCUCGCCGUGGUUCUUCUGUAGUGAGGCAGACUUCAUAUGAAGGGUCUCAAGCAUCUCCUCGAAGCAGAACAGCUGUGAGCAGUUUGGCCAACACUCUCUCCCACAACAGCCGUGAAGUGUCACCAUCCAGGAAUGACAACAGUCCACAGAGUCGCACCUCACUGAGAGAGUCUGACCCAAGAGACAACCGGCUGCGUCGAUCCCAAGGAUCCUGGCAGGGAUCUUCACACUCUUUGCUCAAUCCCCCAUCAUCACAUGGUUCCUCUUUGUCAAGACUGGAGGGAGUAGGCUCCCAAACUCUAGGUGGAUCACUUUCACACAUGAUUGUCACAGACUCUGAUAAGGCUAAUGAAGGGGUUGCUUCUUGGCACGGGUCAUCCCACUCUAUACACAACCGGCCCCCAUCAAAAGCUUCCUCUUCAUCGAGACAGAGAACAAACUCUCAGGUUCUUGGUGGAUCGCCAUCACACAUUGCAGUUCCAGACUCUGACAAGGCUAACGAGGGAGAUGGCUCCUGGCAGGGGUCUUCACACUCUUUACAAAGUCGCUUGCCCUCACAAGGUUCUUACUCAUUAAGACAGUCAGAAGACUCCCAGGUUGGUGGAUCACCCUCACAUGCUGCGGCAGAAGACACUGUAGAGGCUAACAACAUCAGCUCUGACAGAAGCAAGAGCAGUGUCAGGCGGGGAAUGGAUGCUUUGUUGCUCUCUGAACCCAAAAAGGCUGCAGCAGAACCCGAAGAGACUGUGAUGACCAUAGACGACUACAUUAUGCUGGCUGACAUACCCACGAUCCAGGUGGAGUCAGAGGACGAUUUUCAAGGGCUGAGACGGAGAAAUGAGAGUCCCAGCCCCUGCAGGGACCAGAGAGAAAGAUUAUACAGGCAUCAAGCUGAGGCUGACAUCAAUAGUCUAAGACUAGAGCCAGAUGAGAGGAGGAGGGGCAGAGAGAGAGGAAGAGACAGACGAGAAAAAUGUCGGGACCUUGACACUGUACGAUUGUCUAGGAGACAAUCCGCCACUUCUCUUCACAUGCAGACCUCAGAUCAAAGUGGAAAACACAGAUCUUUGAGAGUGAAGGAUCAAGCUUUCCCUGAGCGCCCUUAUACACAGGGCUGGAUGUCAAGGCUGGACGAACAAGGCAAGUGGGUGAAGCACUGGUUUGUUCUUGAUGACACUUCGCUGAGAUACUACAGAGACUCAGAGGCUGAGGAGUCAGAUGAUCUGGAUGGAGAGAUCGAUCUGAUCCUAUGCAAACGUGUCAGACUGUGA